GUGAUCUGACAAGACGCUUCACGCGGAUAACAGUAGCAGCCAGUUAGCCAAAAUGUGCUAAUGAAGACAAAUGUAGCUACCUAGAUACUUAUUGUUUUUAUUCUAACGUUACGUGAAUUAAUCGGAGGUCAAAAUGGCUACAAUUUCCAAUAUGUUCAAGUCAGAAACAACAUCGAUUAUGGCCUUUGUCGUCGAGAUGGCAAUGACAGAAAUGUACAGAUUUUUGCCAAACUAUGACACUAACAACGAUGGUAAUCCGGAGAGAGAGCUCUGCACUGUUAUGAAUUUGUUGAUGGGGGAGGGUAUUCGUAAAAUCUGCCAACUAUUCCUAGUGGCCUCCUCACGUUUGCUAAAUGAAAACGACAAACUGAAGACCAAGGUGGAGCAGAUGGACGAAGAUCUGAAGGCAAUGACUGAGAAAGCUGAACAUUAUAGAACGUCUCUGGCUAAAGUGGAAGCAGAACCGAAAGUACCGACACCAACCCAUGUUCUGCACAAUGGAAUGAUCUUUGCAAUAAAACCAGUUGAUCUCCCAUUGUUGCCUGGAAUGACUGCGGUUUCAGCAUUGCCAGGGAAUUUCAGUCGAGCAAACACAGUCACUAAUGCAACGUCCGUCCAUGCAGGACCUGCAAAGGUUUGCAGUAAACCUACAGAGACGUCUUCAUUGGAGUAUGACUCCUCUCUGAAUACAGUGCCCUCACCAAGAGAUACUGAAUCCAACGUUGAGCAUAUGAGAGCUGCUCUUCCAGAGGGCACCGACAACGGCAGAGACAGCCAUGAAAGCCAGAAAAACAGCAAUACUACUAAUGGGACAGGAUCCACAGAAAACAAACACUUCAAGUGUGAUGUUUGUGAGAAGACAUUCAGCAAAAAAGAGUUGCUGAGAGUUCACAAGCUAAUCCACACAAAACCCUUCAAGUGUGAUGUUUGUGAGAAGACCUUCAGCAGGAAAGGGUUACUUGAAGGUCAUAAGCUAAUUCACACAAGGCCCUUCACGUGUGAUGUUUGUGACAAGACCUUCAGCCUGAACCGCAUGAUGUUACGUCACAAGCUAAUUCACACAGGAGAGAGGCCGUUUGCUUGUGGUCAAUGUGGCAAAACAUUCAGAAUGUCCAAGCAGCUCGAACGCCACAUGUUUCAUCACAAAGAAAACAAUUUAAGUUGCAAAGUCUGUGGAAAUACAUUCUCUACCAAGACAGAUCUUACACAACAUCGGCUAGUUCAUGCAGUGGAGAGACCGUUCAAGUGCCUGACUUGUGGAAAGUGUUUCACAAAAAGGACCAUACUUAUGGGGCACGAGAGAAUCCACACCGGUGAAAAACCAUACAACUGCGCUGAAUGUGGGAAGAGUUACAGACAGUCUUAUGACCUAAGAAUUCAUAUGCGAAGACAUACAGGUGCAGACAUACGUCCACACUUAUGCUCAGAGUGUGGUAAGAGCUUUAGGACAAAGUCCGUCCUCGAAAAGCACAAGCGAAUUCAUACAGGGGAGAAGCCAUUUAAAUGUGAGACCUGUGGAGCUGCUUUUGGCCAUAAAGGAAACCUUGUGAGACACCAAGUUCUUCACACGGGGGAGAGACCAUACAAAUGUAAAGUGUGUGGGAAAAGCUACCCACAGUCCACCGACUUAAAAGCUCACAUGCACCGUCAUGGGGCAACCAAACCAUUUAUGUGUGACCUAUGUGGAAAGACUUUUAUUUACAAUUACCAAAUGAGACAACACAAUCUACAAUGGCACACGGCUGAAGGAGAUAAGGUUCCUGGGAGAGAGGGAACAUCAACAAAGCCAUUCAGUUGCAACAUAUGUUUGAACGGCUUCAGCUCCAUGCUAACUCUGAAAAAGCAUAAAGAAAUUCACACAGGACAAAAGCAAUACUCUUGUUCCAUUUGCGGAAAGACCAUUGCAUAUAAAAAUGCUUUUGACUAUCACAUGAGAGUUCACAGUGGAGUGAAGCCCCAUGAAUGCAAAUACUGUGGAAGGAAAUUCAUUCUGAAGCAAGCUCUUCAAGGACAUGAGAGGACCCAUACAGGUGAAAAACCCUUCAAAUGCAGUUAUUGUGACAAGACUUUUGCAGUCAACACCAAUCUGAAAAGGCAUGAGCGAAUCCACACGGGAGAGAAGCCAUUCAAAUGUGAUGUCUGCGGGAGAGGUUUCAGCCAAGCCAACAAUGUCAAAGCCCACAUGCAAGUCCACACUGGAGUUAGGCCUUACUAUUGCAAGAGAUGUGGAAAAGGCUUUUCUGACAUAAGACACUACAAAAACCAUAGCUGUAAUGGUGUGGCAGCGACACGCACACACUGUGAUGGUGAUAAUUAUCGUAAAUCUUCUGACCGCACUUUCAGAAGUAGAAAAGGAGGUAGACAGGAGUGCUUGCCAUAAUGCUGCUGUUGUGUAGACUCAGCGAUAUUAUCUCUAUAUCAUCUACAGACUAAACUACAGUGGUGCAACUUCCUGCUUACAGAUGUCAUGAACAAUGGGGAUUUAUUCAGGAGGGUGAAAUGUUCUCGGGUUAGUUUCUGGAAAGCCUCGUAGGAAAUGAGAAAGGGUGCUUUAGGAAAUUAGAUAUGUGCUUGCUGUAAUGCUAGGAGAUCUUGCUAUAAGUCAAAGGGUUAAUGUUCAUGAGCCCAAGUUCUUAUUUGUUCUUAUUGUGUAAAUCAAUAAACGGAUAAUUCAUGUGAA